UAAAGCUUACAACUUGGAUUUUCAGUGUUUUUCUUUCCACCUUUGUCUUUCAAAGUUCACUCUUUGAUUUGGUUUUUUGAAUUCUGAUCUGGGUUUUGAUUUUCAGUUUUUUAAAUUUACUGUUGUUGUAUGUGGGUUUGGAUCUGUUAUGGCUGUCUAGGGUUUUUUCCAUUCAUACAUCAAGAUCUGUUUUUUACUACAAUUUCUCCAAACUUUCCUUGGCUUUUGGAAGUUGGUUCCUUUUUCAGAUUCUUCUAUUAUGUGAAAAAGGGUACUCAGAUUCCAUUAAUGCUUCCUUGGCAUUUUUCUGUGUUGGAUUCUCUCUCUGUUUGAACAUUCAACUCAAAGGAGGAGAAAAAGCGAAUUUUUUUUUCUUCAUUUUUGGCAGCAAUGAGUAGGGGACUUGAAAUCCUCUCCCCAGCUUCUUAUUACCAGACAUCCAAUUGGUUUUUUCAAGAGAGCAAAGGUACAAGAUGGACUCCCCAUGAGAACAAGUGUUUUGAAAAUGCUUUGGCUUUAUAUGACAAAGACACUCCUGAUAGAUGGUUAAAGGUGGCAGCCAUGAUUCCUGGGAAAACAGUAGUAGAUGUGAUCAAACAGUACACAGAAUUGGAAGAAGAUGUUAGUGAUAUCGAGGCCGGGCUUAUACCAAUCCCUAGAUAUAACACUGAGUCUUUUACAUUGGAGUGGGUUGAUGUUAGUCAAGCCUUUGAUGGAUUCAGAAACUAUUACACUCCAGGUGGAAAAAGAGGACCUUCUGAUCAGGAAAGGAAGAAAGGAGUGCCAUGGACUGAAGAAGAACACAGGCAAUUUUUAAUGGGGCUUAAAAAGUAUGGUAAAGGGGAUUGGAAAAACAUUUCGCGCAAUUUUGUGACGACUAGAACCCCGACACAGGUGGCAAGUCAUGCUCAAAAGUACUUCAUCAGGCAGCUGACUGGUGGGAAAGAUAAGAGAAGGUCAAGUAUCCAUGAUAUCACAACAGUUAAUGUCCCCGAUUCGGCAAUUCCUUCACUGGAUCAUAGCAACCUUUUGUCUCCGAAUGAUUCUUCCACAGCCAUGCAGCCACAAGGGGAACCGAAAGUGGCUGGAGUUACUAAAGAGGCCUUUGAUUUUGAAUGGAAGCAACAAAAUGAAGGAGCAGCUAUAGUUUUUGACCAGAUGAAUGCCUUCCUCUCCCCUGUCUGUGCGAUUUCUUCAUAUGGAGACAAGCUGGAAGAACAGAGUUUGCUAAGAGGAAAUCUUCCAAGAUCUCAAUUCGGAUUAUACAACACUCCUUUCCCGAUGCAGUCGAUGCAACAUCGGUGAAUUCGGUGAUGAAGUGCGUAGAAUUCCGAAAGUAAUCAUCAAUUAACGAGAUGAAGAUCAAGCCUAAUGUCGGCUACCUUUGGUCCAUGCUACAUGUGCAAAUCUUGAGGAUGCAGAUUUAAUCCAUAUUUAUCACUCUUAUGAAAGAUCACUUGGUGGUGUUAGUGAUUAUCAUUGGAAUUCUGGGUCAUUGUAAAAAGAAGCGUAUUUACAUGAAUAUUGGGGCUUUUAUUAA